GUUAUUUCCUUGUAGUGACACGGCAAGGAGUGUCCCCCGUCCACCCGCUCCCCGGGGCCACAGAUCACAGUCUAUAGUCACUCAUCACUGACUGCUGGAUACAAAUGAUAGUCAUCCGAUGAGAUAGAAGAGAAGUGACAGUCCGGAGACCGGGGACAGUACGGAGAUCGGUGACAGUCCGGAGACCCGGUGAGAGUCCGGAGACCGGGGACAGUCCGGAGACCGGGGACAGUCCGGAGACCGGGGACAGUCCGGAGACCUGGUGAGAGUCCGGAGAUCGGUGACAGUUCGGAGACCGGUGACAGUUCGGAGACCCGGUGACAGUCCGGAGACCGGUGACAGUCCGGAGUCCGGAGACCGGUGACAGUCCGGAGACCGGGGACAGUCCGGAGACCGGGGACAGUCCGGAGAACGGAGGAAAGUCCAGAGACCAGGAGACAGUCCGGAGAGACAGUCCGGAGACCGGGGACAGUCCGGAGACCGGUGACAGACCGGUGACAGUCCAGAGACCGGGGACAGUCCAGAGACCGGUGACAGUCCGGAGACCGGGGACAGUCCAGAGACCGGGGACAGUCCGGAGACCGGGGACAGUCCAGAGACCGGUGACAGUCCGGAGACCGGGGACAGUCCAGAGACCGGUGACAGUCCGGAGACCGGUGACAGUCCGGAGACCGGUGACAGUCCGGAGACCGGUGACAGACACGUCACACUGGAAGGGACACCUGUGUGCAGAUCUGUCUCAUGGUGGGAAGAAGUGAAGGUGAAUUGGGCCCCCAGGUCUUGGUCUGUAGGCUUUCCUUGGCUCGUGCCUAAAUUCCGGGGUUCCCCUAAGAUCAUGGAGCGGGAACGCUGGCUGUUGGCGCUCAGUCCUGUGUUCGUGGCGGGUGUCGCUCUGGCCAUCGCAGGACUAGGAUGGAAAAUAUUCUGCAAACGACGAAAACCCAAGGACGAAGAAUCAGCUGACAUUCUAAUGGAUGACGCAGAGUUGGCAAUGGCUGAAAAUGUUGGCCUCAAUCAACCCGGGAAAAAGGGGAAAAAACAAACAGAAAAUGUCUCACAACGUGAUGACCAAAGAAUCCCACUAUUCCAGAAUAACCACGAGAGUGAAAGUGGGUCGUCAUCGGGGACCGGGCUUCAUCCGCUCUCAGCGGCAACUUCUCACACUACGACUAAUAAAAAGUCAUCUGUACAGAGCGGUUCUGUAAAUUCAGGACUGAGCGAGCGGCAGAAAAGACCACCAGCGAUACCAGGGACUCAGGAGACGGCCAGCAACGUUGAUGGAGCUGCUGGGCACAGAAACCGAACACGGAGUGACAGACAUUCAGAGGGAUCCUCGAGCAGAUCCCGAUCCUCAUCAGGAAACCGCAGACACCAGACACACUCAGAUGCUGCACUGGCAUACGACAUAACAAGACAAUCUGACCCGAGCUCCGGUACGACACUGCACUCCGCAGAACACAUUGAGGGUAAAAAGAGAUUGGAAAAGCAGAACCAGGUUGUGUUACCAACAUACGUGUCCGUGGGUUCCUCGGUGGACAUGCCUGAAUAUGAUCCACAAAUCAACACUACAAAAAUGUUUGAAAAAAGACAAGAUUCCAGAGGAGACCCAGACAGGAGCUCACAAAGAGAUUAUGAAAGGCAAGCUCCAGAAAAGAAGCCCAGAACCAAUGUACGUGAACGGGAUUCCAUAAGCUAUUCCAAUGAACUGGAUACCAGUGGGACCUCAUUACAAUCGGGAGUCAGAAGCUCAAGUGAUGAUAAAAGGAGAUUUGAAAUGCAGAAUCAGGCUGCGAUAGCAAUGUAUGGGUCCGAGGGUUCCUCAGUGGACAUGCCUGAAUAUCCCCAACAAACCAACGCGACAAAAGUUUUUGAAAAAAGGCAAGAGUCUAGGCAAGACCCGGACAAGAGCUCACGAGGAGGUUGUGAAGGUCAACCGCCAGAAAAGAAGCCCAGAACCAAUGUAGAUAAAUUGGAUUCCAUGAGACAUUCCAAUGAACUGGAUACCGGGAUGUCCUCAUCGGGAUUCAAAAUCUCAGAGACAAAUUAUUCCGCAGUGGACGGAUAUCAACCAAUUGACGCUACACCAGCUUUUGAAGACUGCAGAGAAGACCCAUACAAGAACCCACCGCAAGGUGACUAUGAAGAUUUAAGAAACCGCCCUACCGAAGCAGAAAAUGGCCAAUCAGAUGAAAGAAUGGACAUCGACCAAUUUACAGUGUUGAAGGAAACCGGAGUACCUGGAGGAAAGCAACGCAAGCAAACGCACAUUCCAGACUCUAUAAAGGAGAUGUUUCUCAAGAAGCUCAUGGCUUUGGAUGUCACCGCAAGAAACAUUUGUCCUCCGGACAGAGACAUGGAUGCAUGCUUUGAUUUUAACAACGAGGACUCUGAUGAUUUCGAGGAUCCUGAUGCCUACAACCCUCUGGAUGUCAUUUGUGAUGUUCUUCAUGACUCGGAUACCUUCUUACAACAAAAGAUUGUCUCCAAAAUGUCCAUGUUGCAGUUUUCCCUCCCUCUGCUGCUCCCCGAUGAUGACGGAUCAUCCUACACCUUCAUGUUGUGGGCGAUGAGAGACAUUGUAAAGAAGUGGAAACCACAGUCACUGGUGGACAGUUCAGGGUUUGCAGAAGGCAACUUGGUUAACAUUUCAAUGCCAAUUUUCUCUUUCUUCAGACUAGGGGAAUGCAGCUUAUCAAAGUCAAAGCUUCUAAAUCAAGUAUUAAGCCCUCCUCAGUUCAUUCAAAAUUAUUUUGUCCAUAGGGACCUGCCUGGUGGAAACGCCCAACGCCUGUGCUCAGACGGGCUGGUGGAAAUGUCUUGCUAUUUUCCAGCAGGACGUGGACACUCAGAUAUUUUUUCAGAACCUGUCGGCUUCCUUAACCUGAGAGGGGAUCUUGAGGGCCAUUCGGAACAGUUUGAUUUAUUAUCAAGGGUAUCAGCGGCUGUGUUUGUGUUUAUUGAGAGUAUACAAGAUAAGCAAUAUGAUCUGUUAUCAGACUUGGUAAGCCAAAACCCACACUUCUUCUUUAUUGUGAACUUAGGAGUUGGAAACAGCGAUAUUCUUGAAUUCCUUAAAAGUUUAUCGACAACACAUAACCUAAAAAAAGAGAAAUUUAUUGUUAAAAACCGAAAUGUCAAUGACACACAAGUAGUCAAGACUUUACAGUCAAAGAUAAAAGCGCUGAUCGCAAAUACCACGGUAAACCCAACUCUAGAGCAAAUUUCUCAGAGAGUUUCUAAAUUACAUUUCCAUAUUGAUGAGAAUUUUAGCGAAUGUGAGGAAGCAAGGGAAGCCGCAACGACAAUCACCAGUCAGAUAAAGAAUGUCCUGGAUUAUAAAAAGAAAAUGAUGAAACUACAAGGUGAUCUUUGGAAACAGCUGACUAAGAUCGAGAAGGAAAUGUGUAGAAUGAGAAAAUUGGAGGACAGAGACGUGGAAGAAUAUCAGUCACAGCUCCGGGAAGACCAUUUCCAGCUCCGUAAGCAGCAAAGAAACCAAAAGAUGGCCCCUGGUGUGAAGCAAUUUCAGGAUGCCCUGAAAAAAUUUACUCCAGCAGAGCGAAAAGUAUUCCUGAAGUGGCUGAAGAUACAACUAGACCAACUUGGAAGACAUCAGCUUGCAAAAUUAAAUGAUGAAUACCGAGAGCUGUUGACGGAUGUGGCAUCAAAUGCCAAUGCCUUUAUGGAAAUUGAUCAGAAAUUAGCUGAUGGUUCGCUAGGUGUUGAACAUUUUAUGCGCGAGUUGGGGCAGUUUUAUGAAGUAGAACAUUCUUUAGGGAAACAAAAAAUGGGGAGGCUCUCAAAAAUAGCUGCUAAUCUGUUGUUGGAUGGGUUUCCACUGGAGUUGAUAGAUGGCGAUGCCUCCAACAUACCCAUGCAGUGGAUAACCGAUGUCCUGAGUGAGCUAGAAAUCAUAACAAAGAGAAACUGCACAGUUAGAGUAAUUACUGUCCUAGGAGUGCAAAGUACAGGGAAGUCCACCCUUCUGAACACCAUGUUCGGCUUGCAUUUACCUACAUCUAGUGGCCGAUGCACUCGAGGAGCCUUCUUGACUCUCCUUGAUGCAGAAAAAAUCUUUGACGAGAAGCUGGGCUGUGACUAUGUUAUGGUCAUUGACACUGAAGGAUUAAAAUCCAUGGAACUAGCCUCUCUUGAUGGCAGUUAUGAACAUGACAAUGAAUUGGCGACAGUAGCAGUUGGGUUGAGCGACAUCACCAUAGUUAACAUGGCCAUGGAAAAUACAGAAGAGAUGAAAGACAUACUUCAGAUCGUAAUCCAUGCCUUUCUGCGGAUGAAGGAAGUAGGGAAGAAGUCCAGCUGCCAGUUUGUGCAUCAGAACGUGAGCGACGUGUCUGCUCAUGUGAAAAACCGCCAAGCCAGAGAAAAAUUUCUCGAACAGCUGAAUGAAAUGACCAAGGUAUCUGCAAGAAUGGAGAACAAAAGUAGAGUAAGCACCUUCUCUGACAUCAUACACUGCGACAUCGAGAGUAACUCCUGGUAUAUUCCCGGAUUGUGGCAUGGCAUUCCACCUAUGGCUUCCGUUAACUAUGGCUACAGUGAAAAUGUCCAGGAGCUAAAACACUCUAUAGGAAAGUAUCUAGAGUCUAUGCCAGGAAAACCACAAGAUAUCAGACAGUUCACAGAGUGGAUGAGAAGUUUGUGGGAAGCAGUGAAACAUGAAAAAUUUGUCUUCAGUUUCAGAAACCGCUUGGUCACAGAGGCCUACAACCAGCUUUGCAUCCAGUACUCAGACUGGGAAUGGAGAUUUCAAAAAAAUAGCCAUGACUGGAUGAUUAAGACAGAAACUCUGAUCUUUAACCUAUCAUCUGAUCAGUUGGGAUCUAAAACGUGGGACAGGAUAAAAAGCGAGAUGAACUGUUUAUUGGACGAAGAAGAACGGGUCAUGGCUAGAUCUCUAGAAAAGUACUUUACGGAUGAUUGCGACAAUGCCCAUCUUUUGGAGAUGUUUAAAAGUGAUUUUUUCCAAAGCAUCAAGUAUCUCAGGAGAAACCUCGAAAAUUGUCUUCUCGGCAAAUGUGAUCUGACAAUCAACAUCCAAAAAGAGAAAUGCCAGAUCGAAGCUGUACAAGAGAGAUAUAUUGGAAUCAUCGAAGAAAGCGUGUCGGACAUCAUGGACAAAAUAAGGAAGAAUGAGUACUCAGUAAAUGAACAACAGUUAAACAAAGAAUUUGAGAUGAUAUGGGCAAAAGCAACAUCCACUUUACCACCGCCAACGUUAAAAAAACGGAACGUCGACCUGGCAAUCAUUCAACAGCUGAAACGAGACAUGCAGUGUGAUGACAGUAGUGUUAUUUCAAAACUAAAUGAACUUAAAAGCCUUAAUCAAUAUAAAGGAGAGGACUUUUCUAUUAAUAGAAACUAUCUCCAAGUUGAUUCCAAAGAAGAGAGGGAUUGGGCAAAAGAUCUUGCCUUGUCUGUACAGAGAAAAUGUAAAGAAAAGGUAACAGAAAUUGCAAAUUCCAAGACUGACUUUAAUGAAAUGUAUUCUCAGGAACUGCUGAAAAUGAUCAAUAACAACCUGAACCAGCCUAAAUUUGAAAAUCUUCAGACGACCAAAUUGUUUGAGCUGGACCUUAAGCUUUGGGUUUUAGGAAAUGCGGUCGUGACGUUUCAGAGAAUGCAUGAAGAGUUCGUCCGGCGUAAUGAUCCACAAAGCUACCUGGAGGAGAUGAAACCUCAAUACUUCUCCACGUUCAUCAACAUGUUUGAAACAAGGAAUGAAUGUCAAAGAAGGGCUAAACAAUUGUGUACGGUGUCUUUAACACCAGCCAUCCUGGACCACAUCAACAGGUGCCUUGGCAAAGAGAUCGUGGAUGACGUUCUUCAGAAAAACGGCCCUCAGGAAUUCAAGAGUCGGAAAAUCUUACAACGAGAGGUGCUCAAAACAUUGCUUAGUGAUGGCUCUCUUGAAAAAUAUGCAGAAUACAUCAACAGCUAUGAAGAUUUCAUGAAAAGAUGGAUCUCGCAAUACCUUACUGAGCAUUAUAAAUGCCGAAAUACUAUUCAUGUUUUGCAAACAAAAAUUCUGCAGAGUCUUUUGAUAAAAGUAAAAAAAGCUCUUCAGGAUGAAAAAACUCUUCAAGCCGAGACUAUAUUUGACUUCUUAGCUGAGUUUUGUAACGUUUUGAAGAAAGAACUUGUGAUUUCACAGAACAAUAUGAAAGUCGUCAUAUUUGAAAACAAGUUGAGUACUAUUAAGCAGUUUGCUCGUGAGAUUGAAUUGUACCUAUCUGACUUAGAAAAACUGGUCGAGCGAGACAUAAACUCACGAAACAUAGAAACAACUUUUUUACAUUUGACGCUGAAACCUCAGGAUGAAUUGUUCAUGAAGGUGAUUGGAUGCGGCAAGCAGUGUCCUUUCUGUAAAGCCCCCUGUGAAGCCGGAGGAGGGAAUCAUAAAGAACAUUUCGCAUCUGUCCAUCGGCCGAGAGGGCUAGCCCAACAUGUCAACGAAAAAACCAAAGCUCUCGACCAUUCCAUAUGCUCUUCCAACGUCAUUUCUAAUAAGACUUUUAGGAAUGCAGAAGGGAAACCCCACCCUUAUAAAGAUUACCAAAAAUAUUACCCAGACUGGGCUAUCUACCCUGACACAACUGCCGACGGCUCGGAUUACUGGAAGUUUGUUCUCGUUGAGUUCAAUAAUUCUUUUGCCAAACUGUACAAUGCCAACCCGGCCAAUCUUCCGGAAGACUGGCACAGACUGACGAGGGAAGAAGCUCUCAAGAGCCUGAAUAAAACCCAGUGAGCUAAGAGGCUAAGAGUAGAUUAUUAUAUAAUGUAAUACAGAUUAAUCACUAAUCGUCCAGCCCUGUGCCGCGUACACACGCUCGGAUUUUCCGACAACAAAUGUUCGAUGGGAGCUUGUUGUCGGAAAUUCCGACCGUGUGUAGGGCUCCAUCGGACAUUUGCUGUCGGAAUUUUUGGGCAGGUGGUUAACAGUGCCUUGUUUGCUCCAAACAUAAGGGCCCAUAUUCACAGACAUUGGCACAUAUUUAUGCCGCCGUAGUGUAUCUUUUGUACACUACGCCGACGCAGCGCAGAGAGGCA